CGGAUGCGUAUGGACGAAUCGUCGUGAAAACAGCUCCCGACGUUUUCCCCUCAAAAAAAAAAACAAACCAAAAAAAACCCCAAACCCAAACAAACCACCCACUUGGAUAAUUAAAACGCCUUGCAAAGGAAAAUAGCUUCAGACUCUAAAAGUCCUCUGUUACUUCUGAAGGCUCAUUCCCUUGCUUUCUUGUGAAGAACUGUAGAAAAGCUUUUCUGAGAAAACUUCAAACCAGACACCAGAGACAGAAAAACUGCUCUUUCAAGCUCAGAAAGUUAAGGAAAAGGCUGUUGCAAAUCAAAACCUUCAACUAAAGUUUCUCCAGUCAACAAAACAUCAGUCUAUCUUCUUAAUCUUGAAAGAUUAUUUUAUCUAACAAAUGAUCAGUUUAAACUUGAAACUCACAUGCAGUAUAGAAUGGCUGAAGUCUGAAAUUACUGGAGGAAUCAUGGUGUUGGGUUUUUGGCAGUAUCCAGUGUUGCUAAGGCUGAUUGAAUUCCUACUACCAGUCCUAUUCCCAAAGGCAGCUUUUCUAAGGUGAUUGCUGACACAGGAGAUGGUAACUGCUACGGGUAAAGAUCAUCUUUAAAAGGGAACAUGGAUUUAAUAAACUCAACUGAACAAAACAGUACAUCAGAAGAACCUUUCAAAUGGGCAACAUCCAAGAUUCUCAUUUCCAUUACCCUGUCUGUGCUUGCUCUAAUGACAACGGCCAUCAAUUCUCUCGUGAUGACUGCAAUAAUUGUGACAAGAAAGCUCCACCACCCCGCCAACUAUCUAAUCUGCUCUCUUGCAGUGACUGACUUCCUUGUGGCAGUCCUGGUGAUGCCCUUCAGCAUUGUCUACAUCGUAAAGGAGACCUGGAUCAUGGGGCAGGUGGUGUGUGACAUUUGGCUGAGCGUGGACAUCACAUGCUGUACUUGUUCCAUCUUGCACCUCUCUGCCAUUGCUUUGGACCGGUACAGAGCGAUCACGGAUGCUGUGGAAUAUGCCCGGAAAAGGACACCAAAGCACGCUGGCAUCAUGAUAGCAGUUGUAUGGAUCAUAUCCAUUUUUAUCUCCAUGCCACCUUUGUUUUGGAGGCACCAGACAACCAGCAGGGAGGAUGAAUGCAUCAUCAAACAUGACCACAUAGUUUUCACCAUUUACUCCACAUUUGGCGCCUUCUACAUCCCACUGGCCUUGAUCCUGAUCCUUUACUACAAGAUCUACAAAGCAGCAAAGACAUUUCACAGGAGAAGCGUCAGCCGGAUCGUGAGGGAGGAGGGGGUGAAUGGACAAGUCCUUUUGGAUGCAGGUGAAAGAAGCACCAAAUCAGCUUCAAUGCCCAGCACAACAGAGAAAACCUCAGAUCCCCUGGUAAGCUCUGAUAAAAUCAACAUCACCCUACGAAGUCCCAGGUCUGAAUCCAAGCAUGAGAAGUCCUGGAAAAAACAGAGAAUCUCCAGCACGAGAGAGCGAAAGGCAGCAACAACGCUGGGUUUGAUCUUGGGGGCAUUUGUGAUCUGCUGGCUCCCGUUUUUUGUAAAAGAAGUAGUUGUUAACACCUGUGAAACAUGUCACAUCUCAGAAGACAUGUCUAAUUUCCUAGCAUGGCUGGGAUAUAUAAACUCCCUUAUUAACCCUUUAAUCUACACAAUCUUUAAUGAAGAUUUCAAGAAAGCCUUCCAGAAGCUUGUACGGUGUGGGCAAUACCUUUAAGAGCUUUUGUUCAUAUGAGGAGAACACAGUCAUUAUUUUUUAACCUGUAUAAAUUUGUAUAACUGAGAUGGCAUUUGUUGUAUUUGAGGCAAAGCACCAGGACUCUGCAUUUACAUUAUAAUGACUUCUUUUGUAUAGGUAAUAUUGGGAGCAUUAUGCCCAAGUUUUAAAGAGAUGGAUCAUCUGGGAUUGGUUUUGCUCUAGAAAAAGGGGUAGCUGUGAUCCAGCUGGGAUUUGCACAGCUGCCUAGCUUGAAGCAUAAGGUAUUACCUUAAAAAUGAAGGAAAUAUGCACUUGAAAUAGAGGAGGAAACAAAACUUUUUUAAAAGUAACCCUCCGUCAUCGAUGAAAUGUUAAGUAAAACAACACACACAUUUUAAACCCUACUGAUAUAAGAUAGAAAAUACAUCAUAGAAUGACAACAUGAUUUUAACAAUCAGGCACAGCAUAGAGCCAAGCCAUUCACAGUCAAGGGUAGUAGCUUUAAAUAUAUCUACAGUCAUCCUAAGCCAGUGAGCUGUAGCCCUGCCUUGUCCCAUAGGUGGACUUCCCUGUGUUACACAGCACUCCAGUAGCAGGCACAGGGCUCUCAUGGGUUACCAGUUUUAUAGCAAGCCAGUGUUGGGAGCCCUCUGCCAUGGCACACCCACAGCAGAUGUGAGCAUAAGCCCAAGGGAAAUAGCCAACAAUCUGGGGCACCUCCAGUGAGCUGGGUACACGGAGUGCCUGGUGCUCAGAGACACCACUUCCAUGGGAAAGGGAAGGCUCUUAAAGAGCAGCUGGUUCUCCUUGUGGAGAUAUUAGAAGGGAGAGAAGCAGGAAACAAGGAGGCACUCCUUUCUCCAUGUCCUCACACCUGGCCAGGCACAGAGCCUGUGAUCUGCAGCACCAAACCAGCCACAGCUCAUGCCAGGGCUGAGCACUUCUGACAGAGGGUGGCUUAGUGAGGUUUGAAGAACUGGAGCUUACAGCCCCAGCUCAGCCCUCCAUCCUCAGAAGCCUGAUGGCCCUGAGCCUCUUCUCAACUGCCCCAUGCACCAGGGCUGUGCUCCCUCUCCAAGCAAGUGAGAAAGCACAACAGUGCUGGCAGCAUGGGUCUCUGGAAAAGGCUGUGCAGCACCUUCUGCAGCAGGAGAAGAGGGAGUGACCUCAGUAUGCCCUGCACACCUGGGCAGGGGAUCCUGUGGAGCACUCACUGAGAAGCUCACCUCUAAACCCCUCCUGUCCCCAUAGCACCCAUCCAUAUCCCCAUUCCCAGAAGAGUUAAAAAGGAACUCCAGCCCACCCUAACUUAUUUAGUCAAAGAUGACCUCUAUGAACAAAUCCCUCCCAAGGCCUGAAAGAUGGCAGCUUGGACAAUCCUGACUGACACAUUCUAGAUGCCGAGCCAUUAAAUUGUUAAGAGCCACACCAAAGCCCAGGUUUUGCACUUUUCAGGAUGAACAGAUUCAGGCUGUGUCACUAAGAGCCCAGAUUCAAAUUCUUUGUCAGACAUUCAGUGCUGCUUCACAGGAACAGGUACUUGAGGCUCCUUACAGGGAUUACAAACCCUACAGCAGCAACCUCCUGCAAAGGUUCUCCAGUUUGGCACCUGGGCCACCAGUCUAGGGACGUCACAAAGGAACUGAGAAAUGACAGCACCAUGGUCACCUUUAGCUGGGGAAAGGUGUCACUGGCCUUUACAAUUGUUCUUCCAAGAGACUUUCAGUGGUUUGUAUUAGACAAAAAAAGAAAAACACAGGAAAAAAGUCAACACUGUCAUUUGUCUCUCCCCCUCUCCCUCCUCUGUAUUACAAACUCUGGAGUUUGUAAUAAUUUCUGUAUUUUCCCCACUGGCUACCAGCUAACACAACAGCUGCCAAAAGGGUUUCCCGCAAGAUGACAAGGUUUGAAACUUGAGAUACUGGACUAAUUUGUUUCUGUUACUUGCAACUUACUGUAUUCUGCUUUUACAUCAAGGUCCAAAUGAAAUGCUAUUCAGAAUUAGCGGAAACAGCGCAUUUGCUUGGUUGUUGAUUUUAACACAGCCAGGAAUCUAAUGGAAAGCUCACUUGUCAUACCAUGGAGCUCAGCACAGCAGUGGCACAGCUAAAUUUUGAAGAUACUGGGAUGCGACAGAGCGGAAUUGGCUCAUGCUCAGUGCAAGCCAGCAUACUUUAUUACCAUUGCAGUCAGAGCACAGCCUCUGCAGCCCCCGUGACCUCAGCACUGCCUGCAUUAUGCAGAGAGAAAAAAUUGCUCUCAGCAUCAGCUGUGCUCUGCUGUCUCCAGAAAGAGCCAUGAAUUUUAGCUUUCCAAAAGGAUUAGCAGAUUAGCAGGAGGCAGCACAGAAAACCCCACAAAAUCAUUCACUCUUGAAGACCUGUUUCCCACAUUUCCUGAGUCAUAAACCUGGGUGUCUUGGUGGAAUCCAUUCCUCUCCCCCCACCUCUCCCUUUAUGGCUGCUGGAGUACAGACUAUAUUGUUUAUCCUCUUACUUGUAAGAUGUUUGACAAUACCUUGUAAAAUCAAAUUGGAAGGAAAAAUAGGGGCUGCUUUUCAGGAGAAAAGAUACUUAAAAUACUCAUUUAAAUAAUAAUGAGUGAAGAUCAAAGAAGGAACCAUAUGUAGAUAAACAGAAAAUAGCUGUCAUUUAUGCACUGUUAACAGUAUUAUACUCUGAAACUAAUUAAGCUGCUAAACAUUUCUCAAGAUGCAGGGUGGUUUCUUUUGUAUCGUUUUCACCGAGCUGUAUCUGCUCACCCUUCAACACAGAGGUGGGAGAGGCAACAACAAGAAAUCUGAUCAAACAAGUGGGAAGUUAUUCCAUUAAAAGCACUUGCGGCUUGUGGACCAUCA